CAGAACUGUAAUACAAAAAAUCGGCUUUUGUUUGGGAGUAUCUAUCUCAAUCUGCCGUACACAGCUUUACUUAUUACUUGAUGUACUGAGGUUAGUUCGUCUUACCGUGCAAAAAUUCUCUUCAGUGCGUGAAACCCGUUCCCUGUGUUUAUUGUAAGUGAUAACGGUCCAGUAGUGACUUUCUUUCAGUUUCAAAUUGUUACAACACUAUUUUAUUUAGAAUACUCGUUGAUAAAAAAAAUAUUAUUUUCAACAUUCCCCGGAGCAGACUUCUUCAAACGAACGAAAAUAUCAUCAAAAAUGACAAACAUCGCCCAACAGCACGAUUUGGUGAAAAACAGUCUGUUUCAAUUUAUAAAUACUCAUAUUCCGGGUGCCGAUCUCAGCAUCGUUGACGACAUAGUAUUGUCAUAUGUUAUCUCAAUAAUAGAGGAAGCUUCCCAGGAUCCGUGCUUCGAUGUUGAAGGUUUCAUCGAAAUGAUGACAGCUUAUUUCAAUGACUUUGUAAACAUCGAGCCAGCCACGGUUUGCUCCUGGAUAUUUCAACUUGAAAGUCAACUCUCCGAAAAACAAAGCAAACCAAGCAGUAAUGAUGCUCAAAGCUUAUCAUUAAAUUCUCUAAGCUUGGCCGAUAUUUUACCGGAAGAGAAACUUCGAGGCCGUCAAUCUUCGAUUUCCGAAAGCGAACAAACCGCCAAUGGAGGUGGUUGCCAACCCAAACGAGUGCAGCAUCUUUCUGAAACCAGCGAUGCUGGUUCUACGGAUAGCUCAAACUGUGAUCUCUUCAGUGAAGAGUGUGAGGUUUUGCAAGAAAUGUUUCCGGAAAGUUCGCUCAUUGAGGUCAAGCAUUGCAUUCUCAUUGCUAAUGGCGACAUUGAUCGUGCAACACAAAUACUGCUUCAUCGUCAAGAAGCCGGGCAAAGCCUGAAAGGAAAUCCAAACAAUUUGCAGGCUAACAAGUCACUUCCGCAAAUCGACGAGACUGAGUUGAAGAAUAGAAUUAUUUCAAGAUAUUCGUACGUUGACAAAGAAGAUCACCGUGAGUACAAACCGGUUGCACCGAAGGUUGAACCGAAAAAGCUGAUUCGUUAUCGAGACAAUAAAAUCGUCUCGCUAAAAGGUGAACGUUACACCGAGGUAUCACGUCGCGGAGGCGAUGAAGAGACGGAGCUCAAAAAGCCCAAGAAACCAAUUUGUCCGUAACUAAAAUGGAUCCUGCUGCUGAUGCUGUUCAUAGCCAAUACAAUAGCUACAAUUAUCAAUGGUUGUUCGCAUAAGGAUAAGCUACAACAGCAACAUCAACCGCAAUUACUAUUUUUUGUCGUGUGUGUAGUAAUCGUAUCAAUCUGCAUUGUAAUCUCACUGAACGAGUGUCACAAUUCAACUAAAAAUAGUCAGAAACACCAGCAGCAAGAAGGAAAACUGUACAAGCUCAUUGAAAACAAAUAUCCAAUGGCGACUAGUAAUCACGUUCUUCGUGUUAGACUCCAUUCAAAUGUUAUUUUUUUGAAUCUAUAUUACUGUGAAUCUCAACAGCGAAGUGAGCUUUUGGUAGAAUUUAUUAAAUCCCCUACCCAUGCUGUAGCUUCUUCGGUCACCGCUAACAUUCUUAUACUUCUGGAAAGACUUAAUCAAGUAUGCGUCUUAUUAUGGACACUUUCUACUAAUCACCGUUAUUUAAUACAUUUGGUGAGCAAAACAGUAAUCUCAUUUUACAUUUUUUAUACAACCCCUUUUCUAGAUGUUCCUAAGUACGAUUAUUAUUUCUAUUUUGUAUUUAUUUUAGCGAUGAUACUUCGGUACUUAUUAUUUAAUAUCUUUACGAAUUUUGUGUUUAUUAGUAAUAAGCAGACCGUACCAUGUCGUAUUAUUAGUUUCGUUCCCUCGCGAAUAUACGAAAGCACAUUUAAA